GGGCAUUUCAUUCACAUUGACUUAAACUCCAAGUGUCCACUCUUAAAUUCUAAGUGGGACACGUGUAUUUGUUUCGACUUGUGUUGUGCACAGGCUCGUGCAGAAGCCCUCCGAAAAUGUCGUGUCCCGUGUCCGGUGUCCCGUGUCCCGCCUCCCUCGGCCGACAGCGACAGCGACAGCGAACGCGCAGCGCUUUUGUGCCGCCGGGGCGCCGUCGUCGCCCCUCUACAGCAGAGCUACUCUUCAUUUACACCGAGUUGUAAAAUGCGAUUGGCUGCCGUCGCCCCUGUCAGAGCGCAGCCCCGCCGCUGACUGGCCCAUUUCACGUGUGUGUAGUUUCACGUGCUUCCGGUCGUCGUAAAAAAAGUGUUUGGGAGGCACGGCGAUUUUAGGAGAGUUUGCGAAGAGCGAACUGUCACAGACUGGAGACGGGCACGGGCACGGACUCGGACUCGGACUCCGGGGGAGCGCGCGCGCUGUGCUGCUUGCCGUCAGCCUCGUCGCGCGGCCACAUUAUGACACUUGGAAGCGCGCGACCGCAGGAUGCCGCCCGUUUAGAAGAAGAGAGUGUUGCCUAAAUUUACCGACUGGUCGUCUGCCUUAUUAUUUCCGCGGCGCUUCCACAUCGCUACGCUUCCGCUGUAACUGGAUACAAAUAUCCGCGCGCGCGCCUCGGCAGCCGUUCCAACUGGGUCCAGUUAUGGAAGAGCAGAAGGAUCAGAGCAGCCGAGAGUCGAGCGACGGGGAGAGCGUGUCUCUGUCCCCGAACCUGCCAUCGCCGCCCAUUCUGCCCCAGCAAGUGGGGCAGCAGGUCCACAGAACCACCAACUUCUUCAUCGACAACAUCCUGCGGCCGGACUUCGGCUGCAAGAAGGAGGCGGGCGGCCGCGAGCGCGCGCACACGUCGGGUAGGGAGAACGUGAACCCGCUGGUUGUAAGGCCGUCGCACCCGAGCACGCAGUGCCAGGACUCCAACUGCAGCAGUGACAGCACCUCGUCCUCGUCCUCCUCGUCCUCCUCGUCCUCGUCCUCCUCCUCGUUGCCCCCCGCAAAGCAGAAUUCUGCGAAGCAGGGAGAAGGCAAUGGAUCUACUACGGCGGGAAAGUACGGCGAGAACGCCACGUCCAUCAUGGUCGUGAACGCGACUAACGGAGGAUCUGCUGCCAUGAAGGAGUCGCAGCCGCUGCUCUGGCCUGCCUGGGUUUACUGCACCAGGUACUCGGACAGACCGUCAUCUGUCUCCACACCAGGACCGAGGACUCGGAAACUGAAGAAGAAGAAGAACGACAAGGAGGACAAGCGGCCCCGCACCGCCUUCACGGCCGAGCAGCUGCAGAGACUGAAAGCGGAGUUCCAGGCGAACCGCUACAUCACGGAGCAGCGGCGGCAGAGUCUCGCGCAGGAACUGAACCUGAACGAGUCGCAGAUCAAAAUCUGGUUCCAGAACAAGAGGGCGAAAAUUAAAAAAGCGAGCGGCUACAAGAACGGCCUGGCGCUCCAGCUCAUGGCACAAGGACUAUACAACCAUUCCACCACGACGAUCCAAGAGGACAACGGGGAGAGUGAAUGAAGGAAUGAAGGGCCUCGCGGGCCCCGGCCUCGCGGGAGCGAGCGCUUCGCCUCGCUUUUUUUUUAAGAACACGCACGUGGAGCGGGACAGGUGCUAUUUAAAUCAAAUCUCCGUCUAUCGCAUAGUAUAUAGGCAUAAGUAUAUAAAUAACGAUCAUUGAUGACAAAAAAAGGAAAAGAAAUCUAUAUA